AACAAACGCCCGCCUAUAAAUCGUCACUGAUCGCAUCUCAUUCCACCCACACCAAGAUCGAGCAGCAGCAAAGACGAGCAGUGCAGUCUAGAGCGCAGGAGUCAACAGUGCGACCGAAGAUAGGGAGCCACGACGCGACGCGGCGGCCACUGAUGGCGGCACCGGCGGCGAGGAGCGUGGGGGUGGCGGAGCGGGCGCUGCGCGGGGUGGCGGAUCUGAUCAAGCUGCUGCCGAGCGGCACGGUGUUCAUGUUCCAGUUCCUCAGCCCGCUCGUCACCAACAACGGCCACUGCGCCGCCUACAACAAGGUGCUCUCCGGCGCGCUCCUCGCGCUCUGCGGCGCCUUCUGCGCCUUCUCCUCCUUCACCGACAGCUACGUCGGCUCCGACGGCAGGGUCUACUACGGCGUCGUCACGCGCCGCGGGAUGCGCACCUUCUCCACCGACCCGGACGCCGGCGCCGCCAGGGACCUGUCCGGGUACCGCCUCCGCGCCGGCGACUUCGUGCACGCCGCGCUCUCGCUCAUCGUGUUCGCCACCCUCGCGCUGCUGGACAGGGACACCGUGUCCUGCCUCUACCCGGCGUUGGAGGCCGGCGAGAGGACCAUGAUGGCCGUGCUGCCGCCGGUCGUCGGCGGCGUCGCCAGCUACGCCUUCAUGAUGUUCCCCAACAACCGCCACGGCAUCGGCUACCAGCCCACGCGCGCAACCGAGGACUUCGAGCACAAGCACUAGCUUGCUACUCCUGGCUAAUCCAUGGCGUGGCCUGAACUGAAUUGAUUCAUUCUUGUCAAUUUCUUCGCAGUGUUUGCGUGAUCAACUUGGUUAAAGUGUGGUGGUGUGAUCUGUGAUGUUUGAGUGACGUGUCGUCGCCUUGUAGUUCUUGAUUUCUCAAAGCUUGUACUGAUAUAUACUGUGAUGCACUGGAGGUUAACGCGCGCUUCGCCGCCGCGUCGUUCUUUACUAGUGGGAAUAACUCUUUUUCUAUAACGGGUUAUUAUGCCGUUUCUUU